AUGAGCAAGCCGCGACGGUCGACCAGCGGAGAGACGCGCCAAUACAUCGACCAUCUGGAAGCCGAGCUGUCCCGCGCUCAGGCAGAACGCGACGCGCCGUCUGUGGCCCGCGAACAGUUUGCCAAAAUACGCAUGCUCAAAAUAGAGACGAAGCGGCAACAAAAGGAACUUGCCGACUGGGACAAGAACUAUGAAGACCGCCUACAAGAAGAGGUGGACCGUCACCAUCAACUCGAACUCAGUCUGCGCUCUCGCCUGCGAAGCGUCGAGGCCGAACUGGCUACGAAGACCUUCCGCAUAUCAGAAUUGGAGUGCGCCGUCGAGAGCGCCCGACAAACCACAGAAGCAGUCGAAGCCGCAAACACCAAAUUGGAAAAGCGGUUGGAGAUCAUGUCCGGGCUACUCGCAGAAUCUCCCACAAAGUUGGAGCUGCACAUUGAUGCGUCUGGUCACACGCGAAACAAGUCGGUGCUUCCCCGCCUGCCUGCAGUCGGGCCAAUGAUGUCGCCCGAGAGACCGUCGUUCUCAUUGCCUGCCAAACCCGACAUUCAGCCUGGCCCUCCUUCGCCAUACCGCCGAAGCACUCCCACAAAGCUCGGGCUGCACAUCAAUGCAUUUGCCCACACGCGUCACGGAAGAAACAAAUCCGUGCUCCCCCGCCUGCCUGCAGUCGGAACAAUGAUGUCGCACAAGAGGCCAUCGUUCGCAUCGUCUGCCAACUCCGGCAUUCAGCCUUGCUCUCCCUCGCCAUACCGGCGAAGCACCCCCACAAAGCUCGGGCUGCCCAUUGAUCACAAUUGCGAUGAGUCGGACGAUGACAUGCACCCAAUGCCGUUCCCGCCGAUACCAAAGAACCCAUCUAGACGGAUGCGCCGCUUUGUUGGUGGAAACUUGGCACUCAAGCCACUGAUAUUGCCAUCUACUUCGUAUCACCAACCGGCUCAGAAUGACGGUACAUCUGAUGUUCAUUCAAACAUGGAGGCGGGCGCUUUGAGCGACGACCCUACGACACCCAGGCAGGCACACUCGAAUGAAGCGGCCAUGGACGAACAUCACAGCGACGAUGAACUGCUCGACCGUUUCGUUGAAAUGGCCCGGCACCACCCGGUGAAAACCUAUGAGAUGCGAACACCGAGCACAGGCAGGUCAGAAAUGCMCGACGUCUCGAGCGAGGUCUCUUGCACCUACUCGCGCAACUUCUCUUCUUUGGGCUCGAUGGAACUUUUCUCCGGCCCCACACUGCUGGAGGAGCUCGGCGCACUUAACUCGUCUGCUUUCGAAUACUCCUCCGUUUUCGAUUCGGACGCUGAGUCGCAGACAUGUGCAGACGGCAGCCAGGGACACAACCCGAGUCCACCACCGCGAGACAGAGCAUUGAGCAUCUCACCUACUCCUGCACUCCUGGCAAACACAAGCCUCGUCUCAAAUGCGUCUACCUUGGUGUCUACUGCAUCUAUUCCUGGCACCAUUCUCCGAGCCUACUCCCCGCACUCCCUCUCCACAAUUGAUAGUGUGGGAUCAUACUUCAGCAACCUCGUUCGCUCGCCCAUUGUACCGGCUAGGCAUCUAGUUGAGACGGCACAGACUCGUGCUCGACUCCCACGGCCUUUCUUCUCAAUCCAAUGGUGGCUCGUCGGUCUCCUCAUUGGGCCAAUGGCGAAGCGUGAACUCCUACGCACCAAAGAACUCUCGCAAUCUUCUUGCGAUCGAGACACUGGACGUACCUCCAACGAACUCUCGCAAUCCUCCUGCGAUCGAGACACUGGACUCAGCGCCAACGAACUCUCGCAAUCCUCCUGCGAUCGAGACACUGGACUCAGCGCCAACGAACUCUCGCAAUCCUCCUGCGAUCGRGACACUGGACUAAGCGCCAACGAACUCUCGCAAUCUUCCGCUUCCAAGAGCGUGGCUAAGCGCUGCCCUCACUACAAGAGUACCAAACGGUUCAAGCACUCUCCGUGGUUGUGGCUGAAGUUUUCAUUCACACUGGCUGUUGCUGUUGGGGUUGCUUUCAAGGAAGGACCUGGAAGCUUGUUGAAGGAGGUGCUUUGCGCCUGUGGAAAGAAUUGA